AUGGCUGGCCGAGCCACAUUGAUCAAGGCUCCGGACGUAGACCCGAGUAAGGCGCAGAUUGAGAACGCGCUCGAAUUGACCGAUCUCAGCAUCAUUGGCCCUGACAUCUUCACGAAUACCAGAGAGCUGUGGCAUCCUCCCGGAGCCAGAGGUAUAUAUGGCGGCGCAGUUAUCGCGCAGACGCUCGCGGCGGCACAACGUACUGUGCCGGCAGAUUUUGUGGUUCACUCUUACCAUUGCUACUUCGUUCUAGCGGGCGACUCAAGCGUUCCAAUUCUGUACCAUGUAGAAAGGGUGCGCGAGGGACGAUCGUUCUGCACCAGAACAGUACAGGCGCGGCAACGUGGCAAGGCUAUCUUUACGGUGACUAUGUCGUUCACUAAAGACAACAGCGGUGGUAGGGAGCAGGUGAGCCAUGCCGCUGCCAUGCCAUCAGGCGUGAAGCCUCCGCCAGAUGAUUACGAGGAGGAUUUUGGAAACGGCACGUCGCCGUUCGAGAGCUACCGUAUCGAAGUCACAAACAAAGAUGGCCCGCCUGAAAACAAAAAGUCUAGGCAUUGGGUUCGUGCGAGAGGCAAGAUCAGCGAAGCAGGUGGACACCAGGCGCAUUUGAGCGCUUUGGCCUACGUUAGCGACAGUUACUUCAUUGGGACUGUGAGCCGCAUCCACAGGCUAUGGCGGUUUCCCUUCAAGGCUGAUGACAUUAAUACGCUGUCGCCUGAGGUCAAGGAACAUGUGAUCAAACUCAAUGAUUUUGAGGGCAGCGGAACUGUUGAAAGCAUGAAGGGACAACCAGAGAUUGGAAUGAUGGUGUCGCUUGACCAUGUGAUCUACUUUCAUAACCCAAAGAAAGUCCGCGCAGAUGAAUGGAUGUUUUCUGAGAUGGAGAGCCCUUGGUCUGGCGACGGACGUGGCGUUGUCACCCAGAGAAUAUUUAGCAAAGAUGGGACGUUGCUGGCGACAUGCCAUCAGGAGGUAUGGUUCCUAUCAUCAUGA